AUGAUAGGAAUUUGGGGUCCAUCAGGUAUUGGUAAGACUACCAUCUCCAGAGUUUUACUUAACGAACUGUCGCUCCAUCAGUUCAAACUAACUGCACGUAUAGGGGAUAUCAAGAGACGACAUUUGAAUCGACAUGAUGUGUACGAUGCGAAGAUUGAGUUACAGAAGGAAUUGUUUUGUAAACUACUCAAGCAUGAAAGUAUCGACAUUUCCCAUUUGGGUGUUACAAAAGAAAGGUUUAAGGACAAGAAAGUGCUCGUCAUUCUUGAUGAUGUGAAUGAGUUAUGGCAACUACAGGCAACAGUGAAUUGUCCUGGAUGGUUUGGUAGUGGAAGUCGGAUUAUCAUCACAACUGAAGAUAAAAGAGUUUUGGAGAAACAUGGGAUCAAAGAUGAAGAUAUUUACAAGGUUACGAAGCUUGCCAGCAAUCUCCCUUUGGCACUACAGGUUAUGGGCUCCCAUUUUAAGCAAAUGUCCAAGGAGGUGUGGAAAAUGGGACUGGAAAAUCUUAAGAAGAGUAGGCUUCACAAAGAUAUUAUGGACAUUUUGAAAUUCAGCUACGAUGCCUUAAAUGUAGAAGAGAAAGAUUUAUUCAAUGACAUAGCCUGCUUUUUCAAUGGUGAAAUGAUAAAUAGAGUGGAAGAAAUUAUUGGGGAUGGCUUCAGUCGAAGGCUUAGAGUUUUAGAGGAGAAAUCUCUCAUAUAUACAUACGGCGGAAUGGUGGAAAUUCAUACAUUGCUAGCAAAAUUGGUUAGGGAAGAGGUACACGGAUGUACGGUAGUGGUGGAUGCUCAGAGAAUUUGCAAUGCACUUGCCUACAAUAAAGAGACUCUACCCAUUAGAGGCAUAAAUUUAAAUUUAUCUGAGAUCAGACACGAACUAGAAAUAGACGAGACGACCUUCGAAAGGAUGCUUAGUCUCGAAUACUUAAAAAUAUACGAUGAGGUUUCCGUUAAGACAAAGCUGCAUUUACGGAAAGGUCUUAAGUUUCUACCCUACAAACUUAAAUUGCUAUAUUGGGAUAGAUUUCCGAUGAGAGCAAUGCCUUCUAAGUUUCAUCCUGAGGUUCUUGUUAAACUUGACAUGAAGCAGAGUAAAAUUGAGAAAUUGUGGGAAGGAAACCCGCCUCUUGGAAAUCUCAAGGAGAUCAAUCUGGCGGGAUCCAUGAACCUAAAAGAAAUUCCUAAUCUGUCAAAUGCCUCUAGUCUCAAGAGAUUGGAGCUAGAUUUUUGCGAAAGUCUUGUGGAGAUCCCAUCCUCUAUUGGGAAUGCCACUAAUCUAAGCAUAAUGUAUCUCACAGCUUGCUUGAGUUUGGUGAAGCUCCCAUUUUCUAUAGGGAAACUCCAUAAGCUAGAGACAUUGAGAAUGAUUGGAUGCUCAAAUCUCACGGCUUUUCCGACCAACAUUAACUUGAACUCUCUGUCUGAUCUUACUGUCACAGACUCACAAUUGAAGAGGUUUCCUGAGAUUUCCACAAACAUUAGAAAAAUUGUUCUUUGUGCUACAGAGAUAGAAGAGGUUCCUUCAUCAAUCAUGUAUUGGUCCAGUCUUCAGAAGCUUGACAUGCAUCGUUGCUUUAGCCUCAAGGUGUUCCCACUUGUUCCUGAUAGCAUCGAAGAAUUGGAUUUGAGCUUUACCGGAAUAGAAAACCUCAAAGUGUUCCCACCUGUUCCGGACAGCAUUGAAGAAUUGGAUUUGAGCUUUACGGAUAUAGAAGAAGUUCCUCCGUCCAUCCAGAAUCUCUCACGUCUCACUAAGCUAGACAUGGUGGGAUCCAACCUAAAGGAUUGCAAACGUUUCCGGAUGAAUAAUCAUCUGCUUCCGGAAGAAAGCGAAGAAUUUCUUGGGAAUCUGAGGGAUACUGCAAUUGAAGAAGUGCCUUCAUACAUUUGGUCUCGGUUCCGUCUUCUUGAACUGAACUUGAAUGAUUGCAAAAGCCUCAAGGUGUUCCCACCUUUCUCUAAUAGCGUCCAAGGGUUGGAGUUGAGGUGCAAGGAACAAUUCCCUCGAUUAUUACAACUUCACCUUAGUGGGUGCAAGAAUCUCUUAUCACUGCCCCAACUACCGGAUUCUAUCUCAAUCCUUAACGCAGCUAACUGUGAGUCGCUCGAGAGAAUACAAGGAUCUUUUAAAAACCCGCAGAUCAGUCUCAACUUUGCCAACUGUUUCAACCUGAGUCAAGAAGCUAGAGAACUCAUCGAGAUAUCAGAUUGUAAAUUUAAGCUUUUACCUGGUGAAGAACUACCUGCACGUUUUGAUCACCAAUCAAAAGGGUAUUUCCUAACAGUCAAAUUGGAUCAGAGACCUCUUCCUUUGUUCUUGAGAUUUAAGGCUUGUUUGUUGCUGCUUCAUGGCUGCUUUUAUGACGAAAAAUUUUCGUACGAUUCUGAUGUCGAUUUCUUCACGGGUGCCAAAGCGUUUUCCUGUCGCGUCUUGUACAUUCAGAAUGACAACGUUAUUGGAUCUGAAUUAUGCAAAUCAUGUGAAUCAUAUCGAGCUUGA